GAUCGAGACACGGGCAGUGCAUUUGGAUGCUACAGCAGUCUUGACCACAUAUUAGCAUAUAUCAUAUUGAGGCAGAAUGCGUGUGUACGCAACACUGAUGGCGCUGACGGCCGCGUCGCUGGCCACGAGCGCCGCCCUUCCUCGCCAAGCAGGGCUGCUGGGAGGACUCCUGUCAGCCGCAGGAGCGCCCAAGACCAGCCCUGGACACUUUCCGGGAGAUGGACACAACCACGGAGGAUCAGGGUCAGCUUCUGGGUCCUUGAGUGGCUCCUUCAGCAGUUCAGGAUCAAGUAGCGGUUCCGCAAGCGGUUCAUGGAGUGGUUCUGCGAGUGGAUCAGGAUCUGGCUCUGGGUCGGGGUCCUUCAGCGGUUCCUGGAGUGGUUCUGCAUCUCGUCAUCAAAGGUCCCUGCCUGAACGCAGUGGAUCCUGGAGUGGGUCUGGUUCCAUUUCAGUUUCUGGAUCAGGAGAUGGCUCUGGUUCGAUCAGCGGUUCUGGAUCUAUUAGUGGUUCUUGGACAGGAGAUUCGACUUCUAAUAAACCUGAUUCUGGAAGUGACGGCGAUUCUACUUCCAACAAACCAGGGAUUGGAAACAAUGGCGGUUCUACUUCCAACAAACCGGGAAUUGGAAACAAUGGCGGUUCUACUUCCAACAAACCGGGAAUUGGAAACAAUGGCGGUUCUACUUCCAACAAACCGGGAAUUGGAAACAAUGGCGGUUCUACUUCCAACAAACCGGGAAUUGGAAACAAUGGCGGUUCUACUUCCAACAAACAAACUGGUUCCACCCAUCAACGCCCGGGACGAUCAACACCACAGGUACCCGGGCGUUUGCGAAUGACCCGUGGAACCGAGAACCUGAGAUUCAAGCUGUGUCCGCUGUGCAACCUUGCGAACCUGGGAGAACUGGCCACAGGAAGCGGUUCAUGGAGUGGUUCUACGUCUGGGAGUGGUUCAGGAACUGGUUCUGCUUCAAUUAGCGGUUCUUGGAGUGGCUCUGGUUCUGGCAAUAACUUAGGAUCCGGUUCAGGUUCAAUAAGUGGUUCAAUAACCAAUUCUGCCUCUGAAAACGGAUCGGGAUCAGGUUCUGGAUCAAUUAGCGGUUCAUGGACCGGUUCUGGACCAGGGAGUGAAGUGGGAACAGGAUCUGGGUCAGUUAGUGGGUCGGUAAGUGGGAGUCUGGGUUCAUCUAUAGGAACUGGUUCAUUUAGUGGUUCAGGAUCAAUCGCUGGUUCUCUAAGCUGAUUAGUUCUGUAGGAAUGGAAUAGGCAAAUAUAUAUGUGGAAAAGCAGAAAAUAACAAUGAAACAAAUUAAUAAGAAAACACCUGUAUUCAUUAUAUAGAAGAAAACUCAAAACUGCAUCAGUGCCUAAUGUGUAUCGGACAUUUCUUGUUAAAGACUAUUUUGAAAAGACACUUCGUUUCAGAAAAAAAAAGAUGAUACGGAGCCUAAUAAACUUGAUGCGUCCAUUUGCAUUUUCUUUGCGGAAAAAAACCCUUUACAUUCAUGCUUUA